UUAGUAUCUAACAGUUUUCGAACGAUAUCCAUAUAAUCUAGCUAAGCGCACCACACUCGAUUAAAAAUUAGUUGAAAUAUUAAAAAGUAGUAUGCACUAACAUCUGUAAUAGUAGUUUUUUUUUUAAAUGCAACGGUAAUGCAAUAAAGCUAAUAACAUGACUGUGGAGGCUCAUAUGACCGUGACGAGGACUAUUAGGCCGGUAUUAUCAGGUUUAGACUUCUUAGAACAUGGAGCGGACUUCGAAGCCGCAAUUUCGGCUACCGGUUUCGGGCGCUUCCAUUUCUGCCUCCUUGCCAUCACGGGCCUCAUCUACGCCAACACAGCCAUCGGCAUCACGAUAGUGUCGUUCGUGUUGCCCGCCGCGACAUGCGACUUCAAAAUGACAUCUGCUGAUAAAGGCUGGCUCACAGCCGCCCCGAUGUUAGGUAUGGUUAUCGGUUCAUACUUCUGGGGUUGCUUAGCGGACACAAAGGGGCGAAAAGUUGUGCUGGUGUCCACACUCCUACUGGACGGUUUCGUCGGGAUCUUCUCUUCGUUCGUGCAAAUUUUGCCUAUUUUCAUGGCGUGUAGAUUUAUCAACGGUUUCGCUGUUGCUGGCGCUAUGGGAAUCUGCUUCCCGUACUUGGGAGAAUUCCAGCAAACCAAAUACAGAGAAAAGAUCCUCUGCUGGAUGGAAAUGUUCUGGACUCUGGGUGUCAUCUUACUUCCACUGAUCGCCUGGGGCAUCAUUCCAAUCAAGGGCAUCCGCUUAGAGAGUGGAGCCUUCUCCUACGACUCGUGGAACUGGUUCGUAGCUGCGUGCGGAGUGCCAUCCCUGCUGCUGGGCUUCUGGCUGUUCUCGUUCCCGGAGAGCCCCAAGUUCAUGAUGGAGUGUGGCGACUACGAUGACGCGCUCGCUUGCCUCAAGAAAAUAUACAAACAGAAUACCGGAGACGACCCAGAUAAUUAUCCUAUUAAGAGUCUCAAAGAAAAAGUUAGAACAAUAUCAGUUGCGUCACAGAGCUCGCAGAAAUCCGUAAGAAGUUUGAGUAUGCGUAAGCCCAAGGACUUGAGGCGGCUAUUCAGCGAGAUCUGGGUCCAAACGAAAGCGCUGUGCCGACCUCCCUACCUCAAAUACACAAUCCUCACCUGUCUCAUCCAGUUCGGCUUAACAACAAGUUACUACACCCUCAUGAUCUGGUUCCCGGAGUUGUUCAACCGUUACGAGGAGUACGAGCAGCAUUUCCCCGACACGUCGGCGUCAGUUUGUGACGUCUCCAGCAUCGUGGUGAAGGACCCCAACAGCUCCGACCCCUACGACUGCUUGAAGACGAUCGAGCCGAGCGUGUUCAUGCACACGCUGAUUGUUGGCCUCGCGUGUAUACCCACUUCGCUGUGGCUGCCGCUAUGCGUCCAUAAGCUUGGGGCUAAAUUUUUCCUCAUUUUCUCACUGGGCAUCGCCGGUAUUGUAACAGUGGGUCUAUACUUCGUGCAGAACUCUACCCAGAAUUUGGUACUGUCCUGUAUAUUCGAAGCCCUCACUUCGUUGGCUAUCAGUCUUGUGUUCUGUGUCCUCGUCGAUCUGUUCCCUACGAAUCUUAGGGUAAUGGCGGCUGCACUUUCACUAACGGCCGGUCGAGGAGGAGGUCUUAUUGGCAACUUGGCUUUCGGUUACCUCAUAGACAUCAACUGUGUCAUACCAAUCGUGGUUUUCUCAGCGUUCUUGUUUAUUGCUGCAAUACUUUGCUUCUUCUUGCCAAAGACAGGACAAGAAGCUCUCGACUAGAUCCAAAGUACUUACUCAGAAAUAGAUAGUACAAUUAGAAAUGUCAGUGUAGAGAUCAUAUGUGACGUCACUGGAGAAAUGAGGGCGUUUUAGCCUUCAAAGAGAAUAAUACAAUUAUAUGAAAAGGAAUGAAAUUGUUAUACGAUACGGAGUGUAAAGAAAAAUUAUGCGGAAUUAAAUUCUAUACACUACUUUGGAUGAAAGUAGACUAAAGAAUUUAUGGGGUGAGACUGAGAGUUGUCCGGGCAAUCAGAAUUUAUAUAGUGGUGUGAGAACACACGUGAUCAGUUCGUGAUAUUAUAUCCUACAACGAAUAAACAUAAUAUUGACCCAGAGACUUAGAUUCUUCAGUGAGUACUUUGGCAGUUUUAUAAAUAAAGACAUUUAAUUUUCGCAUUGAACUUCUUCUGAAGUAAUGUUUAAAUUUAACGAUUCGUUUUAAGCAACCUUAUUGUAAUUUCCAUGUCCCUUAUAUAACAGUUUGCUCUUGAAGUCUCGGUUAAAUAUUGUGUAAAGGGAAUAGAACGAUUAUUAUUUACCUACGAAUUGAUGUAACCCAAAAUUAAAUAACAGUGAUACAAAGCGUUAAAUAAAUCCCAAGAACUUUAGUGACGUCACGGAUUCCCAAAUGCAUGUACAUAAUAAGAUGUAAAUAUGUGGACUAAGUAUUUUUAUUUAUUGUCCGUGUUACGGCUUCCAAAGUUAAACGGGUUUUGGCCUUAGCGAGUUGGUGGCGGGGAUUCUCUCCCAAGGCCCACGCAAUUCUGAUUGCAAGAUAAAGUUGCUUUGUGCACGAUACAAUUUCAAGCGGGUAGUUUGUUCGUUUGAUUGCGCCAUUUUCGGCUAAAACCCGUUUUGCAAAACUAAGAGGACGCCAUUAGAAUAUUUUUAUGUAGAGGCGGGCGCGUUACCAUAUCAGCGUCACAAAUGAAUCACUGUGAUUCAGUAUUCAGCUUUUGGAUGUAAGAUUGAGCAUCAGUAUUUUAGAGUUGACUGUGUAAUAUAAUUGUCCUUAAAUUAUUAUAAUUGUUAUUAAAGGUUAAUUUGCCUUCCGUAAAUUUAA